CGCGGAGCGGGCGCGCUCCUUCGCUCCGGAGGUCUCGGUGGGGGGGGGGGGGGUGUCUGUGUGUGUGUUUGGGGGCCGCCAUGGCGUGGCCCUGCAUCACCCGCGCUUGCUGCAUCGCUCGCUUUUGGAACCAGCUGGAUAAAGCGGACAUCGCCGUCCCGCUGGUUUUCACCAAAUACUCGGAGGCCACCGAGCAUCCCGCCGCCCCCGCUGCCCUCCCGCGCCCCGCCGCUCCCAUCGAUACCCAGCCCGGUGGGGAGGCGGCGGGGGAAGCGGUUCCCGGUCCCCCCCGGCCCGGCCCGGCCCCGCACGUCUCUCCGCCGGCCGAUUCGGUGAUGCGCCACGAUUACAAACCCUGGAAGGUCCAGCGCCCGGAGCCGAGCUGCAAACCCAAGAGCGAGUACCAGCCCUCGGAUACACCUUUCGAGAAGGAGACCCAGUACCAGAAGGAUUUCCGAGCCUGGCCCAUCCCCAAGCGGGGUGACCAUCCCUGGAUCCCCAAACCGGGACCUUCCCCCGUCCUCGCCUUGGAGCGCGCUUCCCCGGAGAAGCCGGCUCAAGAGAAGCGACGGAAGGUGCUCCUCGGGUCCGAGAAGAAGGAGGAAGACCCCGACGGGGAGGAUGAACAGCCCAAAGCGCUGCGGGCCGGGGAGGGGAGAGAGAAGGGCCGCAAGAAGGCGGAGGAGCCGGGGGGAGGCAGGGCGGCCGCCGAUGCUCUCAACAGGCAGAUCAAGGAGGAGGUGGCGGCGGGGGUCAGCUCGUCCUACAGAAACGAGUUCAGACCCUGGGUAGACGUCAAACCUGUGAAAGCUAUAAAAGCGAAGGCCCAGUACAAGCCGCCAGAGGAGAAAAUGACCCAUGAAACCAGUUACAGUGCUCAAUUCAAGGGGGAAACCAGUAAGCCUGCUCCAGCUGAUAACAAAUUCCUGGAGCGCAGAAGGAUACGCACUCUCUACAGCGAACCCUACAAAGAACCGCCAAAGGUGGAAAAGCCUAGCGUAAAGCCUUCCAAACCAAAAAAGACCACAACAAGCCAUAAACCCCUGAAAAAGGCCAAAGACAAGCAGAUUGCAUCUGGCCGGGCUGCCAAGAAAAAGAGCGCCGAGACCUCCAACACAGCAAAGCCAGAGGACAAGGAGAAAAGUAAAGAGAUGAACAAUAAACUGGCUGAGGCAAAAGAGGUGCCUUGGUAACAGCUCCCUAAUCAUGACUGUUGUGUGGAGGAGAUGUGAGCCCAAGGAUAAAAGAAAAGCCUGCUAAUGGAUUGAAGGCAUCUUUAUGCUUUCUAAAUGCCAGCUUUCCCUGCAGGGAGUCCGCUCCACUGAAAAUCAACAGCGAGGACCAGCCACCAGAAAAAUGAUGGAUGAGGAUUAGUGACAGAUCUUGCGAUAUGUGAGAGCAGUGAGGAAUAAUAACCAUUCCUUCAAUGCCAGCAGUUCAAUGCUGAGAAGUGGAAAGGGGGAAACAUUUUUGAAACCCCCUCGUUGUCAUCUGCCCACCUCCCAACCCACCCUAGCCUGAGACAUACAGCAACCUCAAGCCCCUGAGCAAAGCUGGGUCUUCCCAUGUCUCCGUGGGGAGCCGGAGCCCUGCGUCCCCUGCCUGGCUCUGCGAGAAGUCUGGAGAGCUGGGUCACAGCAGAGGGUGAGGAGCACCUUCCACGGUGCGUGGCGGAGGGGAUCUCACCACACGAUGGCUGGGGUGGAUGGGUCUGUCCUCAUCACUUGAACAGCACCCAGGAGCACUUGAUGGUGCCGGUACCUGAUGGUCAAGAUAGAGAAAUCCUGAGAGCAGUCCCUGGUCAUGGGACUGACCUGCUCCUUGGCCUGGUUCAGGAUUUAGUACCCAACUGAGGACCAAUUCACUGUGGUCGCCUUGUUUGGAGCCAAAAGAUUUGUCAGCAGGGACACGAGCCAGCAAGGCCUCUUUAAAUUAAUGAACUAGUGAUUUGGAGUCGCAGGGCAGUGGAUGUCCUUGUCCCCGUUGCCCCUGCUCCCACCCCUCUCCCCAAGUCUCAUUGCUGAUCAGACUUCUCUUGUCCCUGUUGACUCCUUCCCAUGCAGUCUUCAACGCCCUCACCAUUCCAUCAGACCCCGUCUGCCCACCAUGCUGCUGUUCCUUCUUGCCGUCAAAAUCAUUUUCCUUCCAUCUUCCCUGCCAGCUUUUCCGUGUCUGUCCCACAGCUGCUUCUCCAACCCUUUGCUUUCUCCCACCUCUCCCCCCCAGCACCUUUCCCCUCCAGCUCAUCCUAAACAGCUCUACCUGGGACCUUCUCCUUCCCAUCCUCCCCAAGUUACUGUCUCGUGUCCUGUCUCUCUUGGACUGUAAGCCUUUUUCUUUGCCUGUACUGUGUGAUAACACUCACUUCUUAGAAUAAACAAUACCUCACCUACUGACUGCCCUUUGUCUCUCUUGUUUCUUGGUGUGGCUUCAGUAGAUGUGUCUGCAAGUGCACUGUGUGUCUGUCCUUGUGGCCCGUUCAGCGGUCGGUCUUGCUGCCGCAGCUCUAUCCAUAGUCUUUUGGCAUGACUCUGCUCGUGUUUUUGUUCCCUGGUACCUUUCUUUCUUUUUUCCAGCCACAGAGACAAGCUUUGUUGUCUGUGUAGGAGCCGGGCGUAUUCAGAGCUGCAUGACCUUCUGUCCUUUGCAAUUCUGGUGCAUCUGAUAAAGAGGUUGGCCUUUCUCCAGCUUCGUGCAGAGAUGUCCUGGGCUGGCAGGUGGCUCAGCAAAUGCAGCGACUGAGGAGAAUGAAGGAGAAAUCUUGUAGCCGAGAGCAGAAGCAGCCAAUGGUAAAGGAACCGCAUUUUCCGGCGCAAUACAGAAAACAGUGGGCAGAAGUGUGUCAGUGGAAAUCCAAGCAGAUGCACCUCUCAGGGGAAGAAGCAGAAGCUGACUUAGCAGCAGGACAUGUUUCAGGGAUGGAUGCCCAGGAGGCUUCUCGCGGUUCAGAAGGUGCCCUGAACAUCUUCCUCCAUCUGGGCUAGGACUAGACCUGCCUGUGGUCCCUUCGACCUGGGAGUACAGCAGGGACACAAUUGUGACUAAGUCCCAGGUGGCUCCUUGCUGCCUCCUUGUCCUAAUUUAUUGCCUGAAAGUGCUAGUUUGGUCUAUGCUGGCUGGAGCUAUCGGUGCACACGGAGAUGGUGCUCCAUACACACAUGGAAAGUUGCAGGAGCAGCUGAGUUCCUCUACCCUUACUGUGACCCUCACGGCCAGUGGUGUGACACCACCCUGCCAGAAAGCAAAGGAGACUCCUUAUCAUGCAGAGUGAGCAGGUGAGCUCACAGCAUGGCCAUCAGUCUGGUUUCAUGGGCCAUCUGCAGAGGUUAGGUCUGAAGAAUUAACUCAAGGCCAAACUGAAGCUGGUUGGUGGAGAUGGAUGGGAGAAGGAUCAAGCAGUGCUUGGUCCCCUGGGCUUCCUUCAGUGCCGGUUCCUGUCCUUGGGUGUGCAAAAGCAGACAGAAGAGAUGAAAUGUGUGGGGAGCUCCAGUCCUCCUCAGUGAGGAGUCUGGAGAUUUCAUCGAGGACAAGCGAGACCUGCAGCUGAGUUGUGCUUGACAUCUCCAGGCUCCAGGGAUUUCAGUGUAGAUACUGGAAAGAGGCAGUGGGAAGGAGGAUGCCUUGGUGUAGGUAAUGCCCUGCAUCCUUUCCUAUGUGCCACCAUGACCUGCUCCCACCUGCCAUGCUUUCACAGUGCUGCUGCCUCCUCCUCCAAACUCUAGACUCCAAGAGUGGAAAACCUCUACAACAACCUAAAACAGCAGCCAAAAAACUCAGCUGCACAUUUUUAGGGACUUAAUAGUAUUUAGGACAAGAUUUCUGCAUGCCACUGAAGUCCCUAGCUGACCUUGGAGGUAGAUUGAAGUCUUCUAACUUCUAAAUUUCUGCUACCAGAGCUUUGUAGGAGCUUGUAUAUCUACUGCUUUGCAGGUGGACAUUUGUUUAAACUCUGAAGUGCUGAGCUCCUUGUUGCUCGCCUCACACCUACAUCAGGCCAGAUCUCACAGCCAGACACUUUCUUCUCCUUCAGCCCUUGCUAGCACCAAAUUGGUGCACAUUUCCAGGGCCCACCAAACCUAUGCAAGCAAUAGCAGCCCCUCUGCUUGCUUAGAUACAGACCCAAGCUGAAAUUCUUCAUUUCCCUGCUGUAACCUACAGUGUUAGCCCUACUAUUUGAUGCGGUUGCCUUUUCCAGGGAAUGUAACUGAGACCAGUUACUAAGUACAACCUUAAGGCCAUUUUUCAGGACAAAGACGACUUGUAUUUUUGUCGCUGUUAUCACAGACAGCAAACUUCAGUGCAUAAAGGGCAAUAAAACAUUCAGAAGAGAGAAGUGACUCGCCAUAUCCUACAACCUAAUCGUUAAUUGCAUUUGCCCAGGAAUCGAUGAGUUUGUAUCUUCUGAGGAACAUAAACCUACCAAUGUCCUCCUGGGAGAGGGCUUUAACCAAAAGGUCAGUUCCUUCACAGAGGUGAGCUGUCUUCUCACCUGAAUUCUCUGGGAAAGAAAGGACGGAUUUCUCAUGGUUCUUUUUAAAAAAUGGCCCUUCGGCACCAAACUUCACAGCUAUAUGUGCUUGGGGAUAUUUUGCUGAGUCUGAGCCACCAGUAGAGGAUUCCUGCUGCUUCUAGUUGCUCUUGAAGGCAACUUUUAAAUUUCCAUGUGUCUGGAGUUGGGUCUGUCUAUACCAACUCCUAACAGCUCCCAAAUAAAUAAACUGCUUUGAAUGAAGAUAAUUUUGCAGAAGAGGAUAAAAAUCAUCAGCUCUUUUUGUUAUGAGGCCACCAAAACAUCAAGACCUGAAUCCAUAGAGGAACAGGGAUGAGCCGUGAGCAGAUCCUCCACAUCUGUGAAGAACGGGCUAAUGUUGCUGGAGCCCGUCACCGUCAGAGGCAAGUUUAGACCCCAAGUCACAAGAUGCCAUCUCCCUGUUGUUAUACCAGGACCGGCGAAGAGGAGACUGUGCUGCGUGUGCUCAUGGUGGUCAUCCAUUGGUCAUUUCCAGACAACAUGUGCUGCCUCUGGGAAAUGAACCCCUGCUGAAUUUCAUACUCUUUCUGCAUCUCUCUCUCAGAUGUAACCCGAGUAAUGAUCUGUCACCUCCAAUUCAUUUCCUCUGCAUUUCUCACCUUGUCACAUCACAUAAUUAACCCAACAGUUUGCAACCAGCAGCCCUUGUGAGAGCAAAGAUCUCCAAACUUUCCUCACUUGGCUAAAAGACAAAGAUGAUUUGUAAAUGUUGCUGCUUGUGUGUUAGGACUUGUUACCUUUCAAGGUCAGGCUUUCCUUUCAACCCCCUGAUUUGCACCUUCCCAGCGCACUCUUCCCAAGGCUGGUACCUGGGGCCAGACCUGGCCGUGCAGCCCUGCAGAGAGCAGCCAGGGCUGUUCCCCUCCUGGUGAGAGGCUGUGCAAUGCUGUGUUGUCCCUGAAUACCGAUUCCUGGGGAAAAUAAUGUAAAUACCUCCCCCUCACACUCCUUCCAGUUUAAAACAGGUUUGGAAUCAGCUUUACUGGGAAGGACAAUCACACAAUUAUCUGUACUCAAUCCAAACAAAGAGGAAGCCAGGGGAUGGGGAUGGGACACAGCCUCUUUCUCUUCCAGGAGGCUGGGUCUUACCCAGCCUGCAAUACAUGGCUGAAGGAUGCACACACUCAUGAGAGAAGAGCCAACGGAUUAAAAUGAAGAAGUAUCUACCAUGCAAAGAUGCACCGCAUGCACCAGCUUUCUUGACUGCCUCAACAGAUAUGGAUCAACAUCACGGCGGCUGAGAAGGGUGAAUUCCCCUGGUGACUGUAGCAGGGGCUAAGGGAAAUAUUGAUGGAGGGUGAUUUCAAACAGUUAAUGUCGCUCCAGGAAGAGAUGAUUUGGGGCUUUCAUGCUCUAUUCUGAAAUGCAAGGCAGCAGCAAGAGCAGGGUUGGACACCAAGGAAGAGGUGGGAUUAGUCUGGUGUUGACCCACCCACAACCUGGAGCAUCACAUGCACGCUGGCACAGGAAGACCUGAGCUCAGGCCCCAUAGUUACUGCAUCCUCCCUUACUAGAUCAGAUGAGAAGACGUGCUUAGAGGGGGUGGCUUGGCAUCUGGGAUAGCUGCUGGCAGCCUUCAACCUGCCCAGCCUGCAGGUGCAAGUGCCCUUGGGCACACUGUCCGCUGGCGAGGAUGUGCAGGCAUCUCCAGCCUUCUCCAGAGACCAGGCAGGGGGUCCUGUCCUAGCAGACGUCUGCAUCAGCAGUGUGGACCUGGUCUGUCCUGACAGUGGGGCGUCUUUCCAAAGAGGAGCUGCCCUGCAUUUUCCCCUAAUCCCUUGACUUACAGUGCUGGGCUCACCUCAUUCCCAUAGGAACUGGUAGGCUGGAAGGACUCAGCAGUUUUCCUACAUUGGGGACACAGGGAAAAGGCCUUACCAACCUCUGCCAACAGCCUCUGGCAGCAAAUGUCUCUUCACUCUAAGCACGAAGGGCAGGAGGACGGUGAGUAUUUGAGCCAGAGCUGUCCUGCCAGGGCUCUCCACGUGGUCCUGCCCCAUGAGCCUCUCACGCAGGGAUGGUUAGACUCAUGUGUCGGGGUUGGGCUGGUUUCAUGGGCCAAGGAGAUGGUAAUUAGUGCCUGUUCUCCUGGCCAUGGUGUCAGCCUCUCCUUCCUUCCCUUAACCUGCAGGCUGGAACCGUUCCCUACACAAAGCCAACGUCAGGCUGGGGGACAAAGGGGGAUCUCCACAGUCCCCUAAUGCCACCGUUGUGCAAAGCUGCCCAUUUUAAAGCUGAGCAGGUUUCUCCUGCCUCUCCAUCUGCUUUCCGCAGCCUCGCAGAUCCCUCCCCAUCCAUCACAUGUCUCUCCUCAUCCUUGGAGACCCUCCUUCUCUUUCUCUCUCCUAAUGAAGAUUGAUUCCCUUGUUCCCUACAGGUCUUUCCUUCCCCAACUCUCCCUCUGCACUUCAGCAAGACCCGACCUUCCCUCCAGCACCCGUCCAGAGCUCCUGGCAGCAUCUACCCUCACUCCCAGGCUUUGUUCUCUUAUGCUCCCAUCCACGGUUACCCCAGGUAGAGAGCUGGCCCCAGAGCUGAUCCUCACAGGCGUCCAACGCCUUGGUGCCACCAUCACCUCCUGGUGUCUCCUGGGGGGCAUUGAGCAGAAGGGGUGCUCUCAAAUGGGGGUUUUAGCAUGUGUUAGCUGGCCUUGCUUUCCCGUCGGUUGUUUUAACAGGCACCGGGUGCUUCCUGAGCAGCACAAGAGCUCGGUUCCCCUGCGUUAUAGGGCUUUCACCACCCACCUUGAGGGAAACAAACUGCUUCUUUGUGAGAGAAUUUUACAGCGAGGUGCUCGUUCGAUGCAGGUUAUAAUCAAUUGGCAAGCAUUUUUCAUAGCUGAUGGGUGGGCCUGAUCCUGGUCUCAGUUGAAUCAGGGGCUGGUCAAAAAGUCAAGAGCUCCAGCCCUCCUAAUUUUGUGGACAUCCGUGGGUUUUGGACCAGGACCAGGCUCACCAACCAGCCUGAGGACAUACCAAACAUGUUGCGGGCUGCUUGGGGAGUGCUCUGCAGAGCCACUUGUCACAGGGCAAAUUCCAGCUCGGGGAUGGCAUUUCGGUUUUGUGCACCAGCCGAUUGCUCUGACAGCUUUGCAAUGAUGUUCUUUCUCUGC